AUGGGAUACGAGUCACAGUUCGAGUUGAAGGUAGCUGCUGGAUCGAAUUUACCCCAAUAUUCUGAUAGAGCCAUUUUUCCACCAUCGAUCUUAUCAUCGAUAAUUGAUAGUUACAGUGAAUCAAGCUUACCGCAUCCAUUAAUAUUCAAAGCUUGGCAUAACAAUAACUCAUGCUAUAUUGGGGUUAAAGAGUUUUCUUCGAACGAGGGUGAGAUACUUUUACCUCGUGUUAUUACUGAUAAACUAGGGGCAAGCAGUGAUGAUAUUGUCAAAGUUGAAUUGUUUGAUAAAAUUCCUAAGGGUAAAUCGUUAACAUUGAAGCCAUUACAGUUCUAUCCUCAAGUCCAUAACUGGAAGUUUUUCCUCGAAUCUAAGUUGACAAAUUUCUAUACUACUUUGACUAAGCAUACCGUGCUCUACAUUGAAGAUGGACUGACGGUUUAUGAGCUAUUUGUUGAAGCAGUGGAUGAAUCAUCAGAUACAAUUGGAAUUAUAGAUACUGAUAUUAUCCUUGAUGUCAUUCCUUUAAAUGAUAUAAUGGCAAACCAGCAAUUAGAGUUUAAUAAGAACUUCAACCAUGUAGAUUCCAAUAAUAUUAAUGAACUUUUUUUGAACAAUGAAUUACAGAUUGAGGAUUUAAAACCAUUCACAUCCAGUGAUUUUCGACCACAAAUCUACAAGUUGGAUCUUUCAAAUUAUGACAAGUCUAAACCAUUGAAGAUAAAGCUUACGAGCCUGAAUAAUGAUUAUGCAUCUCUCUUUAAUCUUGAUUUGGUCGCUGGUAUGGAUAAAUUAGUGAACUUGGAAAACUUUCGAUGGACUACCAUGAGUGAUGAUUUUGAUUUACAAUUUAAAUUAGACAACGAUAUGAUCAAUUCGUAUGAAAAGGUAAUAGAGAUCAAUAUGCUGCAGGAUGAUGAGCUUUUGACUAAGAUUCAUAAAAUUGAUGAUGAUCUAUCAGAUCAUUACAUAUACAUUGUACCUUUUACUUGGGAAUUCGACGGGGGUUUUCUGCUCUCUAUAACAAACGAAUCUAAUAUCUCGAAAGAUUCUACAUCCUACAUCCAAGAUCGAGAGAUAUCUAAUGAGACUGUAAAAUGUUCGAAUUGUUCUAAGGCAAUAUCAAAGGAUAAGCUUUUGUUACAUGAAUCCUUCUGCUUGAGAAACAAUGUUAAGUGCUCUUGUGGCUUGGUAUUUUUGAAAGAGAUUCCUGAAACUCAUUGGCAUUGUGAUAAAUGUAAUGAUAUAACAAAGUAUGGAAGUUCAGCAUUACUCAAGUUCAAGCAUGAUAAGUUGUUUCAUGAAACGUCGUACAAAUGUAAUCAAUGCUCUCUGGCCACUGAAUUUAAUAAUUUUAUAGAUCUAGUCAUCAACCACAAAGCAUAUGUGUGUCCUGGAAAACUCCACGAAUGCCGCUUUUGUUUUUUGAUAGUGCCCCAGGGGGAAUCAACUUUUCAAGAUAAGGUAGCAAAUCUAACUAACCAUGAAAACAUGUGUGGGAACAAGACAACCGAAUGCUUCAAGUGUAAUAAAAUUCUAAGAACAAAAGACCUAUCUAAGCACUUGAAGAUGCAUGACCUUGACAAGAAACAAAUGAAUCAGGACACAAAAAUUAAUUUUAAUAAGUGUCUGAAUGAGAAUUGUAUUAUCCUAAUCAAGGAUAGCUCAACCAACCAACUAGGACUCUGCGACUAUUGUUUUGGCUCCAUCUAUACCCCCCAGCACGAUCCCACCAAUGCAAAACUCCAAAGCAGAAUAGAAAGGAAGUAUAUGAUCCAACUAACGAAGGGUUGUGGCUUCAGCUGGUGCAAAAAUACAAAUUGCAAAACUCACAGUCCUUCCCGUUUCGCAUCUAUGUCCCACAAAGACCUUCUCUCAUACAUCAACGACUCAUUAUUCUCCAGCAUCCGCACCCCCGCGCUCCCGGUAAAUAAGAGCAAACCACUACCCCCUAAAAACAGGCUAUGGUUCUGUGUAAAUGAGUCAAUUCAACUGCGGAAAGACAUCUUAGAUCUCUUAUCCUCCGAGAACGAAUACGACGAAGAGCUAAUUUUCAAGCCCAUUAAUGAGUUAUCAACCGUAACUGAAGACUCUGUGAGAGAAUGGCUUCUACAUAAUGGAGUCAAAAAGAUGUAG